UGUGGUGAUGGUUGGUGGUAAAGCUUGCUGAGAGAGAGAGACAGAGGAAUGUGAUGUAUUGUGGCGGAGAAGACAAGCAAUGGAGUUGUGGAAAAGCUGGGACUGUGAAUUUGCGAAAAGUGAGUUCCAUCGUGCGCGACAUUGGAGAUCCCUGUCUUUCUCAGUCGCCUGUAAAGGUUGUUGUGAGUGUCAACAGAAUGCUUAAGCCAGAGAAAUGGCAAGCCAUGUUUGAUAGUGAAGGGAAGGUGUUUGGUUUCCAGAAGGCACUAAAAUUGAUUGUGUUAGGGGGUGUGGAUCCGUCAAUAAGACCUGAAGUCUGGGAGUUUUUACUAGGUUGUUAUGCACUGAGCAGCACUGCUGAGUAUCGAAGAAGGUUAAGAACAGCUAGGAGGGAGCAUUACAGUGACCUGAUUAAGCAAUGCCAAGCAAUGCAUUCAAGUGUAGGAACUGGUUCAUUGGCAUAUAUUGUUGGAUCUAAAGUUAUGGAUGUGAGGACUUCAUCUAAAGAUGAACGAAAAAUGCAAGCUAAAGUAGAAAGAUCAACUUCUAAUAAUAAUAGUAUUGAAGUAGGAAAAUGUUGUGAUAGGAGCAUUAAUUGUACAGAUGCAGCAAAUACAAGCCAACAGGAAAGCUCCAAUGAUUGGGUUGACCUAGGUACUUUGAGAGCAAGCACAGACAAUGCAGAAUAUGAUUCUUCUGGUAAAAAAAACUGCAGUUCCCCAAAGUUAGGUAGUGAACCACAUGGAUCACAUUAUGUGAUUGACAGUAGUUUUGAUUUUCCUCCUUUACCUGUCACUAACCUGUUUGAAAAGAAUGGUAAAGAUGAAAAAUCAGGCACAGAGCAUGGUGAUAAGAUUUGUGCACAACAUAAAUUCAGAUCUGAAGAUGACAGAAUGCGUAGCUUUCAACUCAAUAACAAUGUAGACUUAGUUAUUGAAUCAAACGGCCAACAACCUCUUGCUACCUUGCAUCCGAUGGAUUCUGAAAUUGAAAUUGCUUCACCUGAUGAGGAUGAACCGGAAUUUCUCUCCAACAAUCCAUUUUAUGAAGCACAGAUGGUUAAUCAACUAAAAAUAUCAGAUGUACCGCAGCCAGCAAUGAUAAGCGCCUCAAUUUCCCAAGGAUGGUCUGGCAAUGAAGAUAGAGUAUCAGAAUGGCUUUGGACCUUGCAUAGGAUAGUUGUUGAUGUUGUGAGGACGGAUAGUCAUCUUGAAUUCUAUGAGGACAGGAGAAAUUUAGCUAGAAUGUCAGAUAUUCUUGCUGUUUAUGCAUGGGCUGAUCCUGCAACGGGGUAUUGUCAAGGCAUGAGCGAUUUGCUGUCUCCCUUUGUUGUAAUCUUUGAGGAUAAUGCAGAUGCAUUUUGGUGUUUUGAGAUGCUUUUAAGGAGAAUGAGAGAAAAUUUUGAAAUGGAAGGCCCAACUAGGGUGAUGAAGCAGUUGCGAGCAUUAUGGCAUAUUCUUGAACUUUCAGACAAAGAAAUGUUUGCCCACCUGUCAAAAAUUGGUGCUGAAAGUCUUCAUUUUGCAUUUCGUAUGUUGCUAGUUCUCUUUCGGAGAGAGCUGUCUUUUGAUGAGGCUCUUUCAAUGUGGGAGAUGAUGUGGGCAGCUGACUUUGAUGAAUCCUUGGCAUACGAUUUAGAAGAGAAUUGUCUGGAAGCAUUGGACUUGCACCUUCCUAGAGACUCAAGCAAUGAUAUGAGAGAAGAAAUUUCAUAUACUGAUGAUGGUAGUAUGAAGAGUGGUUCACAAUCAAAUCAUAAUGAAAAUGAUGACACAAAAGCUACACUGCAGUCAAAUCAUGGGAAUACUGAUCACUCUGUAUGUGACUUCAAAUCAAAGUCGCCAUCAUCCCAUACCUUUUGUGGCUUGGCAAGGAAUAUCUGGCCAAGAAAUGAUCAAGUUCAGAUGAGCACUAUUUCCUCCAUAACAAGGAAAGGAAAUGAUGAGUUGCCCAUAUUCUGUGUCGCAGCAAUUCUUGUUUUAAAUCGCCAGAAGAUCAUUCGAGAAACCCACUCCUUUGAUGAUAUGAUAAAGAUGUUCAAUGACAAAAUGUUGAAGAUCAAUGUAAAAAGAUGCAUAACAACAGCAAUCAAACUCCGAAAGAAAUAUUUUAACAAGGUAAUCAAGAAAAAGCACCAUGUUGCAGAGAAAGGGGAAUAGGGUAAAUAUCAUUGCCAAUAUACUCUUGCGGCAAAAGGCACCGGGUUUCACGUAUAUGGCUCUUCUUUUCCAAAUUGGAGUAUGGUGUUAAAAUUUUUAUUCGUUACUUUGGAUGGGAGCCGUUGUAGCAUAAAGUGUUUUUGCUUUUGGAGGUUCAUCCUGCUGUUGUACCUCCAUAGUCUUCAUUUCUCUUUUUUAUGAGUGGAAAGAUUGACAAGGGGUUUUUCAUCACACUGAUUGCUCCCAGGUCUGAUCAAUUUGCAGUCUUGGAUACUUGGCACCGGCUACGCAAACAAAUUUUCUUUCUCUGAACGUUUGGUUUCAGCUCAUAUUUCUGGAAAAAAUCAUACAUAAAUCUAUUUAUUGCUUCGAGGAUUUGGAGUUCGGAAAAAGCACACGCAUACUAGAAGAAAUAGAGGGUGGAUACGAGGGAGGGGGUUAUUGUAGUUUAUGGAAACUUUUACCGAAGAUAGUAUUUAUGAUGGUUUAUACAUACUACGGCAAUUUUUUGUUUUUAAUGACUUCUUAAAUUGCUGGAACUUUUAAAGGACAAA